AUUAGAUACAGAAGAUGAUGUUUCUCAAAUAUGAGGACACGGUGAUCAACUUCUGACCAUGGCGCAUCGGUUGAGCUGCUAGUUCCUUUGCAGCUGAGGAAGCAGAAUGAGCUAUGAAAUAACGAUAUGUAUACUGGUUUAAACAAUCAUACAAUUAUUUCUAUAACUCCAUUGACGACUCAAAACUUCUGGCCUUCCAAGGUAUAGAGACAUGCUCUGUUCUGUACUCUAACAAGCUCAGUCAGAAGGUCUCCACAAGCUAGAACUGAGCUGCCCCUCCAACCCCACCACAGCUUCACCUUCACAGCUCCCUCUCCACUGAACUACACCCUCACCUUCUCUUCACUUCUACACAUUCCACCAAAACCAUGACCGACGAAACUCCCUCUCAAACCGCCAAGUCCGCCGAGGACCGCAAAGCAGCCUCCGCCCUCGAGAACCUCGACGCCGCAGACUCACCCUCUACACCACAAAACGUCGUCGACGCCGACGCUGCCAACAAAGCCAUCAAGAGCCUCGGCGGCGCAAACAAGACCUCUACUGCUGCCGCUUCCCACAAGAACGUCAAGGUCGACGCUGCUGAUGUUACGCUUCUCGUCGAUGAGCUUGAGCUGCCAAAGGCAAAGGCGACCGAGUUGUUGAAGAAUAAUGAGGGUGAUGCUGUUAAGGCUAUGAGGGCGUUUAUCAAGGCAUGAGGGAGUACAAUAUGGCUUCGGGGUUUGAAUAAUCAGCUCGGGAAGGGAAUUGGAAGGACAGCGAUGAGGUAUGAUAUACCAGACACAAUCUAGAACUAUAAAAGUGUCUCACAAUUCAACAGUCACGUUCAAACGAGCGAGAAAUACAAUGUC